AUGCGGUGGUCUCAAUCGCUGCUCUGGCUGUGUGCCGCGUCCACAGUGGCCGCUCAGUCCACUGAGGGCAUUUACAAUCUCGUCCAGCGUCGACUGCCGAACCAUGCUGACAGCUUUCGUUUCACACUAGUAAAUGCUACCCAAAUUGCGAACAGCUACGACCAGUAUGUCGUGAGCACCGCUGCCAAUGGCACAGUUCUUGUGCAGGGUAGCUCACUCAGUGCGUUGUCUUCAGGUCUCCAUCGCUAUCUCACCGCUGUUGCCCACGUCGAUAUCUACUGGUACAUUGGCAGUCACCUGGACCUUGCGCCCGCCAAGCUGCCGCAACUUGCUAGUCCCAUCAGUGGCUCUAGCACUGUGCCGUGGCGUUAUCACUUCAACACUGUAACAUUCUCCUACACUGCUGCUUUCUGGUCAUGGGAAGACUGGGAGUUGCAACUAGACUGGCUUGCCCUCCGCGGCGUGAACCUGCCACUCGCCUGGGUGGGCUUCGAGAAAAUCAUGGUUGAGGUCUUUCGCGAAAUCGGUCUCACGGACGCGGAGAUUGCAACUUUCCUUAGUGGGCCG